ACACAUCUUUUUCAAUAGUAUUUAAUUUACGAAUUUGACAUCUAUGUGUGAGUGAAUAUCAUAUAUAUGGUCUUCUUUCUCUCCUUGUUCAUACGAACAACCCCAUUAGUUAGAAGCUAGAAUAACAACACCUCAACACCUUUGUGCAGUUUCUCCUUUUUGUGGGGAUAGAUCAUAUAGGUUGUGGGUUGUGGUUUGUGAUUUGUAAGGAAGGAAAAUAUAUUGAUUAUAGGGAGAAGAAAAAGAAAAAGGAGAAGGAUGAUGUAUGAACAACAACAGCAGGUGAUGAGGAUGGAUUUGAGGAAGAGGGAGAGGGAGAGGGAGAGGGAGAAGGAGAGAUCAAUUGAGGAAGAGAGGCUUGAGAUUGUUGAUUUGAGUGGCAUGUCCCUUGACGCUCUCCCUAAUCCUUCUCUUAACUUGGCUGCCAUCUGCAAGCUAGACCUCUGCAACAACAAUCUUCAGAAUAUACCAGAAUCCUUAACAGCAAGACUACUAAAUGUGGUGAUAUUGGAUGUGCACUCAAAUCAGCUUAAAUCCCUCCCAAACUCAAUUGGGUGUCUUUCAAAGCUCAAGGUUUUGAACAUCUCUGGGAACCUCAUUCAAAACCUCCCCAAAACCAUUGAAAAUUGCAGGUCAUUGGAGGAACUGAAUGCCAACUUCAACCAGCUGACCAUGCUACCAGACACCAUAGGAUUUGAGCUAUUGAACAUCAAAAAGCUCUCAGUGAACUCCAACAAGCUCAUGCUCCUUCCUUCCUCCACUUCCCACUUGACCUCUCUCCAGGUUCUCGAUGCCCGGCUCAACUGCCUGAGGGCCCUCCCGGAAGACCUGGAGAACCUCAUCAACCUACAAGUCCUCAAUGUCAGCCAAAACUUCCAAUACCUUGAAACCCUCCCAUACUCCAUAGGCCUCCUCAUGUCCCUGGUGGAACUCGACGCGAGCUACAACAGGAUAACUACGUUGCCCGAUUCAAUGGGAUGCCUCAAGAAACUGCAGAAGCUCUGUGUAGAAGGAAACCCCCUCGUUUCGCCUCCAAUGGAGGUGGUUGAGCAGGGCAUGCAGGCAGUGAAGGAGUACUUAAGCGAGAAGAUGACGGCGGCGCAUAGAUGCUCACCAAAGAAGAAAUCAUGGAUUGGGAAGCUGGUGAGAUAUGGCACAUUCAAUGGGACAAAUAACGCUAGCCGAGAGGAGAGGGAAGGCUUCCUCAGGUCCGAUUAUCGGUCCAUUGAAGGCCUUGCUACUCCUAGAUCCAUUGGGAUGUUUUCACCAAGACGCCUCUUCUCACCAAGAAACUACUUCUCAAAAUGAUCAUCUAUACAUCAUCAUAGCUCUUCUUCAAGUAGAUUGUGGGAUUAUGAUAUAUAUAUAAUAUAUGUUUGGGGUGUUCUUUAAUGGUACUGGUCUUUGUUUUUUGUGCUGAAUAAUAAAAGUCAAAAUAUUUUAUCUUUUCUCUUCA